UACAUGUAUAUCGGUCGUGUGGUCCUAAUAUCCGCAAUGUGCAAUAGGAAAAUAUUCAUCAAUAAAAUAUAUGUACAUAAUAAUUUACAGAGGGAAAAUAUACAAGAGUAACAUUUAUGGAUCAUAUGAAACACAAACUUUUAUUGAUUUCUUUAUUUUUUUACACGCCGCUGUGCGAAUCGUCCUCUUGUACAAGAUAUACACACCAACUGUGUAUUGAAGAUUGCAAAUGGAAUAAGGAGAAUAACAAGUGCGAAAGCUGCCCGGUGGGUUACCAGGGAAACAACUGUUCAGUACCUUGUAGAUAUCCAAAUUUUGGAAAGGAUUGUCAAGAGGACUGUUCACAUUGUGACGAGAAAUGGUGUAAUCCAACAUAUGGCUGUAUAACAACUGUUACGACGAAUAGAAUAACUAAAGGAACCACUUCCUCAUCCUUCAGUCUUGAUCCUGUCAUUAUAGGAACUUUAACAUCAUCGGGAUUCCUCUUGGUUUUCAUUUCUUUCGCCAUUGUUACGGUCUUCAAUAGAAGGCGGUUUGUUAGAAAUAUAAGGAGAAGAGCACAUUUCAUCGAUUCUAUCAUUAUGGAUUUUCCUGAUGAUUCCACGCAAAGAAAUCUUACCAAUGAUUCAUUGCUGCGUUAUUCGAGGAGCUAAUGUAUCUAAUAUAUGAUUUACGCAAUAUUAAGAGUUCCAAUGUUUUACAUUAGAGAUGCAGAAAUAUUUUAUGGAAUUUAUUGACUCAAAAGUAGGGUAGGAAUUGGGGUUAGCCAAAAUUCAUAUUCUGAAUUAAAUAUAUGACUAACAUGUGAUUUUCUUCUAGAACAUAUCAAAAUAAAAAGCAA